AUGGCGCUUGUAACCAGCAGAGGAGCCUCAUCUUCCGGUUUCAGUCACCGAUCUAAGAACUUUGAUGUCUUCUUAAGUUUCAAAAGUGAAGAUACCCGUCUUGGUUUCACGAGUCACUUGUAUAACGCUUUGUGUCAGCAGGGCAUUCACACCUUCAUCAAUAAUAAUGUCCUAAUGGGAGAACAAAUUUCUACUGAACUUUUCAAAACUAUUGAGAGUUCAAUGAUUUCAAUAAUUGUAUUUUCUGAAAAUUAUGCAUUCUCUACUCGGUGCUUGGAUGAACUUGUCAAGAUUCUUGAGUGUAAAAAGAAUGAUCAGUUGUUGCGACCAGUUUUUUACAACGUUGAUCCAUCAGAAAUUCGUAAUCAAAAAGGAAAGUUUGGGGAAGCACUUGCUAAACAUGAAGAAAAAUUUAAGGAUGCUGAGAAGGUACAAAGGUGGAGGAAUGCUUUAUAUGAAGUGGCCAAUAUUUCUGGUUGGCAUUACAAGCACAAUUGUACUGAAUUCGAAUUUAUCCAAGGAAUUGUUGAAGAGGUAUCAAAUUCAAAAUUAAAUCGUAUGCCAUUAUUUGUUGCUAAAUAUCCAGUGGGAAUAAAUUCUCGAGCAGAUGCCAUAGAAUUACUUUUAGAUAUAGAAUCAAAUGAUGUUCGCAUGGUAGGGAUCUAUGGCCUUGGUGGAGUCGGUAAAACCACAAUCGCAAAAGCUAUUUUUAAUAGGAUUUUUUGUCUCUUUGAUGGAAGAAGCUUUCUAGAGAACAUUAGAGAGAAGUCAGUGACAAAUGAAGGCAUAAUCCAACUGCAAGAGACACUUCUUUUUGAUAUCUUAGGGAAUAAGAAUUUGAAGGUGGGCAACAUAUCUAGAGGAAUCAACAUGAUAAAUGAAAGUCUUUGUGGCAAGAGGGUUCUUAUAGUUCUUGAUGGUGUGGAUGAAUUAGACCAGAUAGAAAAAUUGCUUGGAAGAUGUGAUUGGUUUGCUUCUGGAAGUAGAAUUAUUAUAACAACAAGAGAUAAGCACUUGCUAGCUACUUUAAAUGGUCUUUCAACCUAUGAGGUAAAGGGAUUAAAUGAACAUGAAGCUUUUGAACUCUUUAAUCAAUAUGCUUUCAAGAGAAACGAACCCAAGGAAGAUUAUUUGGAACUUGCAAACCAAGUAAUACGUAAUGCCAAAGGCCUUCCAUUAGCUUUAACAAUAAUGGGUGCUGAUUUGUAUGGAAGAAAAAAACCUGAAUGGAAAAAUACAUUAAUUAAGUAUGAAAAUUUUCCUAAUAAAGAUAUUCAAAAAAUAUUGAAAAUAAGUUAUGAAGGAUUAGAUGAAACAGAAAAGGAUAUUUUCCUCGAUAUUGCAUGUUUCUUCAAUGGACAUUACAUGGAUUAUGUUGUGGAUAUACUGGAAACUUGUGAUUUAUACCCAGUAUGUGGUAUUCCAAAACUUAUUGAUAAGUGUCUUGUGACUAUUGAUCAAUACAAUAAAUUGUCGAUGCACGACUUGCUACAACAAAUGGGUAGGGAAGUUGUUCGACAAGAAUCACCACGGAUGCCCAAAGAACGUAGCAGGCUAUGGUUUUAUAAGGAUGGUCUUGAUCUACUAAUUGAAAAUAAGAUAUUUUCGUCCGAAACCUUGAAAUAUGUGAAUUUCAGUUGGUGUAAAUACAUUAGGAAAUUACCUGACUUAUCAAAGGCCCCAAACAUAAAAGAAUUGGAUCUUAGGUAUUGUACGAAUUUAGUUGAGGUUCAUGACUCUGUCGGGUAUCUUCAAAAGCUUGAAGUAUGGGAACUCAGUAAUUGCACUAAACUUCGAAUUCUUCCAAGUUGUCUCAUGAUGAAAUCUCUUGCAUCUUUGACUCUUACUGGUUGCUCAAGCCUUAAGAAGUUCCCAGAUAUUUCUCAAGAAAUGAAAUGUUUAGGCAUGUUAGCACUGCACUCAACUGGUAUUUGUGAAUUUCCUUCAUCAUUUGGGAAUCUCAUUGGACUUAAGAGCUUACUCCUCGGAAACCAUUUGUUUGGAGAAAUUUUAGGACUUCCACCAAAUAUAUCAUGUUUAGGUGUCAGAAGCGACAUAUCAAUGGAUCCACAGUUAUCUAGAAGAAUAUCCCAGAGAGAUGAUGAAUAUGAAAUUAUACUGCCAGGACAUGACAUUCCAAAUUGGUUCAACCAUCAAAGUGUCGGAAAGUCCAUAUCAUUCUGGAUUGGUCCAGAAUUUCCCACAUUUGGUCUAUGUCUUGCUUUUGGAAUGGAGGAUGAUUAUAGUGAUUAUUGUUAUCGUGUCGACAUUUCCAUCAAUGGUAGUAGACGAACUUUCAAAAGAGGAAUCUUAUUCAAGAAUAGCUUUGACCAUCUUUGGUUUUUCUGUAGACCUCAAAGCUCAUUGCAGAAGCAAUUUCAAGACAUUAAGCUAGGCUAUCGAAACCAAGUUGAGUUGUCUUGUGAAAUAUUUUUCCCACCUUUUGCACCUAGAAAAUCUACUCCUUUUGUUAAAAGGAUGGGAGUCCAUGUAGAAUGCAAGUGUUCUCCUCCUCCUCAAAAUUCUAAUAUCUUCCAUGACAACAUUGAAGAGGUCCAACCUAGAGGCUACCGAAUUUCAAAGAGAAUUGUGCACCAACGGCUCAGACUCUUUGACAGCAGUAGCACCAUUGCUGACUCUGGACAAUAUGGAAAUGCAGAAACCAAACCCUAUUUGAAGGUACAACAGAGAGCCUACAUCAACAGGGAAGACAGGAAUCACUCAGUGACUCAAUACCAAUCUAAAAUGACCAUUGACCAAGAAGAUCCAACAAGACUAGCAGAUUCUUCUACUGAUAGAAGGGCAUAG